CUUCAAAUUUUGUUUGUUUCAAAGCAGCGCUUAGCUUUCUCCAAACCUAUUUUUUCUCCCUUGUCCUCCGUCGCUGCACGCAACGACGACCAUGUCGCUCCCUGUCACAUUUCGUGUGUGCAAUGCACCAAAAUCUACUGCAAAGGUCUCAUUUACUCGCUCCCGCUCGACCGUCGCAUCGUCUUCGAUCGUUGACGCAAAGGCUAGGAUAAGAGACCAUGCGAGAAACAUCAGUAGAUCAUCACCUCAAGGUGCUACUGCAGUCCCUGCUGCUCGACCCUCUCCAGCUCCUGGAUUCCAGCAGUUGCCACAGAAAAAUCCAUUUGACUUGGAGUCGCAUACUAACACUCCCGUGGAUCAUUCCUUCGUUGGGAUGUCAGGAGGUCAGAUCUUCAACGAGAUGAUGCUUCGGCACGGGGUGAAGCAUAUUUUUGGUUACCCCGGCGGGGCUAUUCUUCCCGUUUUCGAUGCCAUUCACAACUCCAAGCACUUCGACUUUGUUCUUCCUCGCCAUGAGCAAGGCGCUGGACAUAUGGCAGAGGGUUAUGCUCGCGUAUCAGGAAAGCCUGGUGUCGUCCUAGUGACUUCUGGUCCAGGCGCAACCAACGUCGUUACGGCGAUGCAAGACGCGCUCUCUGAUGGCGUACCUCUCGUUGUUUUCUGCGGCCAGGUAGCAACUUCAGCUAUCGGUUCCGACGCGUUUCAAGAAGCCGACGUCAUUGGAAUUUCACGCAGCUGCACAAAGUGGAAUGUGAUGGUCAAGGACAUAGCAGAACUACCAAGACGUAUCAACGAAGCAUUCAAAAUUGCAACUUCUGGACGUCCUGGACCUGUAUUGGUCGAUUUGCCCAAGGAUGUCACUGCUGGCAUUCUUCGCACACCUUUGCCGUACAAAGCGACCACUCCAGGCUCAUACACCCUACCUGCGAAUCCUCUGCAGCCUAUCACUUCCCCAACGGACGUAGCGUUGAUCCAGCAAGCUGCCAACCUCAUUAAUCAAUCGCAACGACCUAUAAUUUACGCCGGCAAUGGUGUCCUCUCGUCACCCUUGGGUCCCCAGUUGCUUGCGCAGUUGGCUAAGGAGGGUAAUAUUCCUGUGACGACCACUCUCCAAGGCCUCGGUGCAUACGACGAGACAGAUGAGAAAAGUCUGCACAUGCUAGGUAUGCACGGAUCUGCAUAUGCGAAUCUGGCAAUGCAACAGGCAGACGUUAUCAUUGCUUUGGGCGCACGAUUUGAUGACCGUGUGACGGGCAAGGUUGAUACUUUCGCACCUGCUGCCCGAGCUGCUGCGUUGCAGGGCCGCGGAGGUAUCAUCCACUUCGAGAUUAUGCCGAAGAACAUUAACAAAGUUGUCGAUGCUUCCAUCCCAGUCCUCGGCGACGUCGUUUCCAAUAUGGCUGCGCUCGUUCCCUUGAUUCGAUCAUCGCCACGCACACGGUGGUUCGCCGACAUCCAGGAGUGGAAACGGAAAUACCCCUUCACGUACGUUCCCUCAGAGUCUGGUGCACGAAGCAAGCCACAGGAGGUUAUCGAGGAGUUGGACCGACAAACUGCCCACAAGAAGGACGAUGUUGUCGUGACUACUGGCGUUGGUCAGCAUCAAAUGUGGGCAGCCCAACACUUCCGAUGGAGGGCGCCUCAAUCGAUGGUUACUUCUGGUGGUCUGGGAACCAUGGGUUUUGGUCUUCCCGCUGCCAUCGGUGCCAAAGUGGCCGCGCCUAAUAAAACUGUCGUUGACAUCGAUGGUGAUGCGUCAUUUAGUAUGACUGCUAUGGAGCUCGCCACUGCCUCGCAGUACAACAUCGGUGUCAAAGUGCUCAUCCUUAACAACGAAUUCCAGGGUAUGGUCCUGCAAUGGCAAGAUCUCUUCUACGAAUCCAGGUAUUCGCACACUCGGAUGACGAACCCCGACUUCGUUUUGCUUGCCAGAGCUAUGGACGUGCACGCCAUUCGAUGCACAUCUACAGCUGAGCUUCCCGCAAAAAUGAAGGAGUUCCUGGAAUACGACGGCUCGAAACCCGUUUUGAUGGAGUGCAUGGUCGCAACUGAUGAGCACGUGUACCCAAUGGUUCCCGCCGGGAAGGCGUUGCAUGAGCAGGUCCUCCACCCUCUCCUGAGGCCGAAAACAAAAACAGAAGCAUGAUUUAAUUUUCAUAUUUCUUCUCGAUCUAUAUGCAUAUUAUUUCUACUUCUUUUUUCCCCUGCGCACAUCAGAUUCACAACAUACCGAUUUUCAUUUGUACUAACAUUCACUGGUUUGACCAUCUUUUCUUACUUGACUUACCUUCUGAGACCAACCGCACUUAUCCACGGAGUCGGAUCACAAAAGGGAUGUUGAAUCCCAUGGGCAUAUUUGGUUUUCCUCGUGGCUACUUAUAAAACAACAAGAACAGAAAUAGUAUUGCUCGUGCAUAGCUGGUGGCCAAAAAUAGCGUUUGUGCUAUGUCA